UUUUAGUAUAAAAGUUGACAUCAUUUCUUAGUGGAAAUCAGUAUCAGCUUUAAAAGCGUUCUUUAAACACUACAAGUUCAUAUUUAAAGCACAACAAAUCAAAAUGAAAUUCGUCAUUGCUGCAGUUCUAUUAACCCUUGCCAUUGGCGCACAAGCUAGUUGGGGAGGCAGCGGUCAUGGUGCAUGGGCUGGUAGCGGUCAUGGUGGUUGGGGCGGCAGCGGUCACGGUGGUUGGGGCGGCAGCGGUCAUGGUGGAUGGGCUGGUAGCGGUUGGGGUGGCAGCGGUCAUGGUGGUUGGGGUGGUAGCGGUCAUGGUGGUUGGGGUGGUGUUGCUGGAAUUGGUUUGGCGCAAGGACAUGCUGCCGCAGUUGUACAUGCACCAGCAAUAGCUGUUGCUGGUCAUGGUCAUGGUCAUGGUCAUGGUCAUGGUGCCUAUAUUGCCAAAACUCGUGGUGCCGUGCAUGCUGCUCCAUUAGCUAGUCAUAUCAACUCAGUUGCUGCCAUUAAUGUUGCUCCAGCUCCAGGCACGCAUUAAAUUUGGCAACUCAUAAAUAUUAUAAGACGACAUAAACCAUUGUUAAAACAAGAUAUGUACAUAUUAUAACAAACAUUACCCCCCGCUCCCUUUGAAAUAUUUGAAACGACGAACUGCCUGUUACAUCGUAACUAAACAAUCAUAAAAUCGAACUUUAUUCAUAUUUUUGUGAAUUAUAGUUUUCUUUAAUAUAUCAAUAAAAUAUUUAAAAAUUAUCUAUUUCCCAAAAUACAAUAUUCUUAUCCUGAAAU